AUGGAUCCGAGCGCGCUAGCGGCCUUGCACCAAUCGCCCUCAAGCCUCAAAUCGCCCAGUCCAACUCCCUCACGCCCGCCGAUCACCUUGGAUGAAUAUGCGGAACAGAUGCGGAUGGCGGCGAUCAUGCUUGCCCAACUGAGUGCCUCGCAGCAGCCGUCCCAGUCCCUGUCAAUGACCCCGUCGAUUGCCGCGGGAAUGGUCGUGGGCGGAGCGAUCGCGCUCGGUGCGGGCUUUGUGGGCGUGGUUGUCGGCGCGGGACUGGCGGCGGUUCUGAGUCGUCGGCUAGUUUCAUAA